AUGAAAAUAGAACUGCUACAUCUGAAUACCAACUACCACGCAAUGUCUGAAGAAUUGGCUCAGCCUACAACUAUUGAAGAUGAAUAUGAAUUAUGGAAGUCAAACGUUUCCUUAAUGUACGAUUUCUUAAGUGAAACCCGUUUAUUGUGGCCAACAUUAACAGUCGAGUGGCUUCCAUCAUUAGAAACUGAGAACAUAAGGCAAGAAUUUAUCAUUGGCACAUUGACGACAGGUGCUGAAAAAAAUUUUUUAAAGAUUGCAGCCAUAGAUUUACCGGAAGAAGUAAUUAAGGACGAGUGUAACAAUGAUAAUGAAAAGGAUGACGAUACCGAAGCUGGUAGCACACACUCUAAAAUUAAAAUUGUUAAAAAAUUUGCACAUGAAGAGGAGGUUAAUAGAGCUAGAUAUAUGCCCCAGAACACAGAUUUGAUUGCAACGAUUAAUGGUUCAGGUACAGUAUUCUUAUAUGAUAAAUCUAAAAAUAAACAAGAAGCUUUGGUAUCUAAGUUUGUUGCACAUACUGAAAACGGGUACGGUUUAUCAUUUAAUCCAAAUAUUAAAAAUCAGCUAUUAUCAUGUUCAGACGAUAAAACUGUCGCGUUAUGGGACAUAACUAAUAAUAAAGCGCCUUUGCAUUUUAUUGAGCCCCAUGUAGAUAUGGUUAACGACUGUAAAUGGAGCAAUUUCAAUGAAGCCUUGUUUGGUUCCGUAUCUGAAGAUAAACAUUUGUAUUUAUAUGAUACAAGAUGCACUAAAAAAAAUAUGAUAAUAGGGGAUAUUCAAGCCGAGUCUUCGUUCAACACUUUAUCAUUUAGUAAGCAUUCGCACAAUUUAUUUGCCGCUGCAGGUACUGAUUCAUUGGUAUAUUUAUAUGAUAUGAGAAACCUAUCUAAGCCGUUACAUGCAAUGGAGGGACACACUGACUCUGUAUCAACGCUAGACUUUUCGCCACAUAGAGACGGUAUUAUAUUAUCCAGUGGUGCUGAUAGAAGAGUUAUAACAUGGGAUAUAACCCAGUUUGGUGCCGAAUUACCUCCAGAAGAUGCUGAAGAUGGUGUUCCUGAGUUAUUAAUGAUGCAUGGUGGUCAUAGAAGCAGUGUCAAUGACUUUUCUAUAAAUCCAAAUAUUCCUUGGUUGGUGGCUAGUGCUGAAGAAGAAAAUAUUUUACAUAUUUGGAAAGUUUCUAAAAGGCUAACUACAACUGAAUUCACCGCUAAGUAUGAUAUCAAGUCAUUGGAAUAG